AUGGUCGUAGAUACAACUUAUUAUGAGAUUUUACAAGUAGAAGUCACUGCCAAUGAGCAAGAGUUAAGAAAAGCAUAUAGAAAACAAGCUAUAAAAUUACAUCCGGAUAAAAAUGGGAAUGAUCCAUUAGCUUCUGAAAAAUUUCAAGAAUUAGGUGAAGCAUAUGGAAUAUUAUCAAAUAAUGAAACUAGAAAAAUAUAUGAUGAAUUAGGAAUAGAAGGAAUGAAAAAACAACAAGAACAAGGAGGUGUGGGAGCUGAUAUUGAUCCAAGUGAAUUUUUUGAAGUUAUAUUUGGUGGAGUUGCAUUUAAAGAUUGGAUAGGAGAAUUAGGAAUGUUUGAUGAUAUUACUAAAUCUGCUGAAGUUAUGGGUAUGGAUGAAGAAAAUGAAGAAACUGUUGGAUCAAUUGAUGGUGAAACUUUAAAUUCUGAAAAUGGUGGAAAAAAUAGUGUGAAUACAACAUCAACAGGUACUUACAAUAGUACUACUAGUUCAAAUAAUACUACAACUUCAUCAAGUAAAGGUAAAGAAGAUAUUACUUCAAACUUAGAUUCUCUAACAAUUGCAGAAAAAAACAAUUCUCCAACAACAACAUCAACAUCAAAACAUAAUUUAACAACAGAAGAACUUAAAAGAAAAAGAAAACAAAAAAUAACUAAAGAACAAAGAGAUGAAAUUAUAAGAAUACAAGAAGAAAGUAGGAGAAAAAAGAAAGAAAGAAUUAAUGAAUUAAGUAAAAAAUUAAUGGAAAGAAUUGAAAAAUAUAGAUCUUCAUCAUUAAAUCCAGAAACUUUUAAAAAAUUUACAACUCAACUUCAUGAUGAAUUUGAUGAUAUGAAAAUUGAAAGUUUUGGUAUACAAUUAUUACAAUUAAUUGGAAAAAUAUAUAUAAGUCAAGCAAAUGCAACAAUAGCAUCACAAAAGACAUUUGGCGUAAGUAAAAUAUUCACAAGUGUUAAAUCAUCAACAGAAACUGUCAAAAAUGGUUAUAGUAUAUUAAAAACUGCAUUAGAUGCUCAAGAUUAUAUGGAAAAGGUAAUGAAAGAACAAGAAGAAUUUCAAUUAAAACAAGAUUUAGGUUAUACUCCAACUCAAGAAGAAAUUGCAAAACAAGCAGAAAUUGAAAGAUUUGUAACUGGGAAAUUUUUAGCAACUGCUUGGUCAUUAAUUAAAUUUGAAAUAACUGGAAUAUUAAAUAAAGUAUGUCAACAAAUUUUACUGGAAAAAGGAAUUGGUAAAAAGGAAAAAAUAGCAAGAGCUAAUGCUAUAUUAUUUUUUGGUAAAGAAAUGAUUUCUGUUAAAAGAUCACCUGAAGAAGAAGAGGAUGCAAGAAUUUUUGAAGAAAUGAUGGGUGAUGCUAAAAUGAAAAAAGAAAAACGUAAACAUAAACAUAGUAGUGGUGGUAGAAAUGAAGAACAUUAG